AUGCCUUCAUAUCUCAUUACAGGGGCGUCUCGAGGCCUUGGCUAUGGUUUUCUUCGCCAGAUUUCCGCAGACCCAAAUAACACUGUUAUCGCGCUUGUUCGUGACAAACCCGCUACCGAUGCCCGGGUCUCCGCCGAAUUGUCUGAUAGGAAGAACAUUUUCGUUAUCCAUGGUGACUUGACGGAUGUACAAUCACUGAAGACUGCUGUUGAAGAGACUAGCAAAAUCACUGCAGGCUCUCUCGAUGUGUUAAUCGCCAACGCUGCCUAUGUAGGCAAUUACGCUCGUUUUGACGGAAUGGGAGACUUGGACGUCGAGCCUCUAGGUGCAGACCUGCGCCAGCAUUUUGAAUCAAACGUCAUAGGCAACAUCAACCUAUUCAAUCUCUUCCUUCCAUUGAUCCGUAAUGGUAAUCUCAAGAAGAUCGUUGCUAUCUCAUCUGGACUGUCAGAGCUGGAUCUGAUUAAAGAACUACGUAUUGCCAACGGUGCGCCAUACUCGAUUACCAAGGCGGCCUUGAAUAUGGUUGUGACCAAGUUUCAUGCUCAGUAUGCCGACGAAGGCAUACUAUUUAUGGCUGUUUGUCCAGGUUCUGUGGCUACGGGUAACUUUGAUAAUCUUACACCUGAAGAAGAAGCUAAAGCAGGUGUCAUGUUUCAAAAGUUUAUGAAAUAUGCUCCUCAUUUCACAGGUCCCGCCCCUGUUGAUGAUGCAGUGAAGGAUGUCCUUCAGGUGGUGGAAAAUGCUACUAUCGAAACUAAUGGCGGAACUUUGGUGUCUCAUUUUGUGUCAAGGUCAAAAGGGAAGAACAAGAAAAACCUCCUGAAACUACCCCUCAUCGGGGAUCUUCAUAGUUCGCCCAUCGAAACACCUCUUAGCAACUGGGAUGCCUGGGCACAGGAAAAUGGUCCAAUCGUCGUCCCAAGACUAUUUGGGCUCAUUCCAAUUGUCGUCCUCAACUCAUUCGACGCCGUGACAGAGUUGUUUAGUCGUCGCAGCCAAUGGUACAGCAACCGCCCAGGGUCAGUCAGCAUGGAAAUGAUUACAGGCGCCAAACUAGGACAGUGCAAGUUUACCCUGAUGCACGAUUAUGAUGAUCAGUUAAAACUGCACCACCGUAUUCUUUCCCCAAGCCUCGGGGCUCCAGCCGUUGCACGCUAUCAGCCAUUAAUUGAACUGGAGUGCAAGCAAUUGUUAUUUGACCUUUGUAAAACUGCUGCGGAAGCGCCUCUAGAUGGAAUCAUCAGCACUAAAACAGUCUACCCACUUCUCGAGCGCACUCAGUCCAGUUUGAUUCUUGCUCUACAUUACGGACUUCGUAUUCCAAGCUACGAUGAAAAGAUACUCCAAGAGGUCUUCGAUACCCAAACCCAAGUAACUCAUCUCGCAGCCAACCCAAGGCUACCAGACAUGAUCCCGCCCCUUCGGCACCUACCUGCAUUUCUAUCACCAUGGAAGCGCUCUGCAGACAAGCUUCAUGCUACACAAGUUGAUUUAAACAUGCGCCUUCUUAGACAUGGCAAGGACUCGGCGGGUUGGAAUGCGACCAAACAAGCACUAGCUACAGCGAAGAAACACGCCACAAACGAGAUUCCAGAACUUGAUAUCGCCUUCACUCUCGCAACUUCAGUACAGGGUGGCAUGGAGACAUCCCCACGACAGCUUUUGUGGCUCUUUAUAGCGGCGCUCCACAAACCUUCUUUCAUGGGUAAAGCACACGCUAUACUCGAUGAUGUUGUCGGCCGCGAACGUCUUCCGAGAUUCUCGGACAGAUCCAACCUUGCGUUUAUCGAUGCUAUUACCCACGAGCUAUUUCGGUGGAGACCGAUUGCCCCUGGCUCAAUUCCGCGUCGAGCGGACAAGGACGAUGAGUUGAAUGGAGUCAAGAUCAGCAAGGGCUGGACUAUCAUGGCAAAUGCUUGGGCGAUCGGGAGAGAUGAGAAAGUCUUUGUUCCUUCACUGGGCGAUCUCCACGACUUCGUGCCAGAAAGAUGGCUGCAAAAAGUUGAACAAGAUGGAAAAACAAAAUUACGUACUGACCUUCCGCUGCCAGUAUUUGGGCAGGGUAGGCGAACCUGCCAAGGAAAAAGAGUUGCCACGGAUGGAGCUUUUAUGCUGAUUGCAAGUUUGAUAUGGGCAUUCGAUAUCGAGCCUGUUAAUGGGGUGAUCGUGAACCCAUGGCAAAUGGUUGUAGCCGGAUUCAUGACAAUGCCAGGCGAGGUAAACUUCAAGCUACGCCCAAGGGGUACCUGGGCUGUGGAUGUCAUCAGACGAGAAUGGGAGACGGCAGAAAAGGCUCUAGAGAAGAUCAUGGGGAGAGCGAACGAUGUUGAACAGUGA